AUCCGAUAUAGUCGAGAUUGCUUGGCUAGGUCCUUACACCUCUGCUGCUGAUCUAGGCCGCUUUUUUGAGGGAUUGCUGUCGGCAAAGGAUGGGAAGCCUGUCGGCCGGUUCGACAAAGCAGUCUUCGAGUCUCUUGGCUCUGGUAAGAGCCUUGUUAAUAAACAGGCGGGAUAUACCCCUUGCGGACUGCUUACCAGUUUGAACUCAACGGGCCCAGGGAGCCACUCUCUCAAUCGAAUGAUAUCCCCUGAUAGUAGUCUCAAGACGCACGUACUUGGGAAACCAUCCGGUGAGGAAGAAAUCAGCGCAUUCUAUUUAGCAGGAUCUGCUACUGGUUGGGCCGGCACAGUUUAUUUCCUACCCAGCAAACGUACAUUCGUCAUCGUCCUCACCAAUACGUCAGGCCCUCUCGACGCCUCCGAUCUUAUCUCGCGGCUCUACCUGCAAGAAAUCUUUGACCUUCGACCUCCAAAGGCUAUCGGUUGGGACGUUAGCAAUUACCUACCAAGCUGGAGCACGAUGACUUCUGCUGAACGAUACUUUGAACUAGCUAAUCAAAUAUUCGAUGAAAACGCCCUUAAAGUAAAGGAACUGGAGCUACUCGACGCCCAACCGGACACACCGACUUCUAGUUGUCCUGAUCUGCCCGGCAAAUACUUUUGUUCCAGGAAUGGACAGUAUUUAGACAUCAUUGACUGGAAGGGCGAGGAUAAUGAAAAACCGGAGGGGGUACUUCGUGUUGUCAUUCAAUCGGGGACAAAGUCGUGUCAGAAAUUAAAGUUUGCCAAGAAGGGCGAGAAAUUCAGGAUAUGCUCACCUGGAACAUUCUCCACCUUGGCAAUUGACUGUUUUGACGCAUGGAAAAAUCUGGAGUUUGAGGUUGAGCGGGAUGGUGGAGGGGUUAAGUCACUGUCACGGCAAGGGGUGCACUUGAAUGAUAUUUUUAUUCGAGUAAAGCCCUAGGAGUAUUUCUUACUGUCCGCAGCCUUUCAUGUCUUAUAUAGGGUUCCUUGGCUACUUGGCGACGAUGGAAUUUGGUUGUAUUUUAUGGAUGUUUCUUGUAUAUUUGCACAUUGUGUUUCUACUGCUGGUCUGUUUGGAAUUCAAGUUGGUCAUCACCUAUCACUCAGCUGGCUGAGAAAGGAC